AUGGGAGCAGAUAAGAGGAUAAGUCGGACUGAACGGAGUGGCAGGUAUGGCUCCGAGGCAUCUCGUGAUUCUUCUGAUUGGCGCGACAGAAGAGAAAGAGAUCAAGAACGUGAUCGCCGCUGGUCAGAUGAGAGACGUAGCAAUCGAAAUGGAGAUCGAGAGCGAGACAGAGAUCGUCGAGGAUCUCGAGAAAGUCCAGAGCCACGAGAGCGUAAAAGGCGAAACAGUGAGAGAUCAGAAGAUGGCUAUCACUCUGAUGGAGACUACUCUGAUCAGGAUUACAGAAGAGAAUCUGGGGAUGAGAAGAGAAGCAAGACCAUCAUGCUUUGGGGUCUUUCCACCGACGUCACCGAGGAAGAUAUUUGUUUUGCCAUUGAUCAACUGGAGGGUCCCCAGCCUGCUGAUGUCAGACUGAUGAAAAAGAAAACAGGUAUAAGCCGUGGUUUCGCCUUCGUGGACUUUUAUCACUUGCAAGAUGCUACCCGAUGGAUGGAGACCAAUCAGAAACUCCUUGUCAUCCAUGGGGAAACUGUGGACAUGCACUACAGUCAUCCAAGACACAACUAUGGCGACUGGCUCUGCAAUACUUGUGGCCUGUACAAUUUCCGGAGGCGGCUGAAGUGCUUCAGGUGUGGAGCAGCCAAAGUUGAAUGUGAUAUGGGCCCUAAUGCUGAUCUACCUGACACUCACCCUGGUGGAGACUUCUGUGGUGACACAAUCAUCUUGAGAAAUAUUGCUCCCCAGAGCACCGUGGAAGCCAUCAUGAACAUCCUCGCGCCAUAUGCCAAUCUUUCUGCAAACAACAUUCGCCUCAUCAAGGACAAACAGACGGGCCAGAACAGAGGUUUUGCCUUUGUUCAGCUGUCUUCGCCUCUGGAGGCCUCUCAGCUGCUAACUAUCCUACAAGGACUACAGCCUACUCUGAAAUUGGAUGGGAAAACAAUUGGAGUGGAUUAUGCUAAGAGUGCGAGAAAGGACCUUUUACUGCCAGAUGGGAAUCGCGUCAGUGCAUUCUCCGUUGCUAGCACAGCUAUUGCUGCAGCUCAAUGGUCUUCAAGUCAGCCACAGCCGAACGCAGAAGGUGUUUCUGAGUACAACCUCUUGCAGGAAGGCUACAACCCAUUGUCACAGGCUUUCUAUCAAGUUGCUGGAGCCAGCACCUCACAGGAGAAUGGGAUUCUCGGAGCGGCUCCUGGUGUGAAGAUUGUACCAACUGCUGCUGGGGUAGUACUCUCCCCCACCAUGCAAGUCUACCAACCACAUAUUAUUGGCCAGCCUGCUCUUCAAGCCUUGCAGCUGGCACAGCAGGUGGAGACCAAAUCACAGCCUGGACAUUUCCAAGGGGCUGUCGCUGUACCUGUUGCCACGGCAGCAUCUGUCACUGCAGCUACAACCUCUGGUCAAACUACAGACACCAACACUGUUGUUCCGGAUACGUCCACUUAUCAAUAUGAUGAGUCAUCAGGCUAUUAUUUUGACCCCCAAACUGGCCUGUACUACGACCCAACUUCACAUUAUUUCUACAACUCUCAGACUCAGCAGUAUCUCUAUUGGGAUGGUGAGAAGCAGUCAUAUGUCCCCGUUUCAGUUGACACAAACACUGCACAGACACCUACUGCAACAAACGCCAAAGAAGGAAAGGAAAAAAAGGAAAAGCCCAAAAGCAAAACUGCUCAGCAGAUUGCUAAAGACAUGGAGCGCUGGGCUAAAAGUCUAAACAAACAGAAGGAGAACUUCAAAGGCAGCUUCCAGCCAAUCAGUCAAGAGGAAAGAAAGGAGGCUGCCGCUGCUGAUGCAGGCUUUACUCUUUUUGAAAAAAAGCAAGCUGGUGUUCUAGACAGAAUGAUUUCAGACAUGAGCAAUUUCCCUGAAGAGGAAGCGGCUACAAGCUCUGGCAACUCCUCCUCCAAGUGCGGCUUAGUGGCAGCGUACACUGGAGACAGUGACCCUGAAGAGGCUGCCGACAGUGGGGAAGGAAGCCGGGACAAGUUGACGGACUGGAAGAAGCUUGCCUGUUUGUUGUGUCGGAGGCAGUUUCCCAAUAAGGAAGGUUUAAUACGACAUCAGCAACUGUCUGACCUCCACAAGAAAAACCUGGAAGUUUUGCGACGAUCUCAAAUGAGUGAAGCUGAGCUGGAGGAGUUGGAAAGAAGGGAAACAGAGCUGAAGUACAGAGACAGAGCAGCUGAGAGAAGAGAAAAAUAUGGCAUCCCUGAACCCCCUGUGCCCAAAAAGAAGAAAUACAGCCAGCCAACACCAGUCAUUAACUACGAGCAGCCCACUAAAGACGGCCUUAACAGUGACAAUAUUGGCAACAAAAUGCUGCAAGCUAUGGGCUGGAAGGAGGGUAAAGGUUUGGGUCGCAACCAACAGGGCAUCACUGCACCUAUUCAGGCCCAACUGAGAACGAAGGGAGCUGGUCUCGGUACUUCAGGCAGCAACUACACCCUUUCUGCAUUGGACACAUAUAAAGAUGCAGUUCGCAAAGCUAUGUUUGCCCGCUUUACUGAGCUGGAGUGA